UCUGCAGCCCCGCGCCCUAUUAUGGACUUCCUGGAGGCAGAGUGCGGCUGGAACCUGUCCUUCUCAGGCUCUGGCUACCUGGGCCUCUACCACGUGGGUGUCACCGAGUGUCUCCGCCAGCGAGCACCGCGCCUCAUCCAGGGGGCCCGCCGCUUCUAUGGCUCUUCCUCGGGCGCGCUCAACGCCGUGAGCAUUCUCUGUGGCAAGUCCGCAGACUUCGCCUGCUCCAAUCUCCUGGGCCUGAUGAAACACGUGGAGCGGCUGAGCCUGGGCAUCUUCCAUCCAGCCUAUGGACCCAUUGAGCACAUCAGGAAAAAGCUGCAAGAUAGCCUUCCGGACAACUGCCAUAUUCUGGCCUCCCAGAGGCUAGGCAUCUCCAUGACCCGGUGGCCUGAUGGCAAGAACAUCAUAGUCACUGAUUUUGCCACUCGGGAUGAACUCAUCCAGGCUCUGCUCUGCUCCUUGUAUUUCCCCUUAUACUGUGGGGUAAUUCCCCCGGCGUUCAGAGGGGAGCGCUUCAUCGACGGGGCUCUGAGCAACAACCUGCCCUUCUCCGAUUGCCCCACCACCAUCACAGUCUCUCCUUACAACGGGACAGUGGACAUCUGUUCCCAGAGCACCUCACAAAAUCUUUUUGAGCUAACCGCCUUCAACGCCAGUUUCCAGAUCUCUACCAGGAACUUCUUUCUGGGGGUCAUAUCUCUGUUUCCCCCCAAGCCUGAGGUGGUGGCUGACUACUGCAGACAAGGUUAUCUGGAUGCCCUGAGGUUCCUGGAGAGACGGGGACUUACCAAGGAGCCAGUGCUGUGGUCGCUGGUAUCUAAGGAGCCUCCAGCCCUUGUGGAGGGGCCCAGGGGCACUGACCAUGACCAGGGCCAGAAGGCUGGCCCAAGUAUCAGGUGGGACGUCCCCCAUGUGCUGGUCAAGGAUGUGCCUGACUUCGAGCUGCUGUCACCGGAGCUGGAGGCUGCACUGAGAAAGGGAUGCAAGAGGGACUUCUGGGCCCAGAUCCAGUGUUCAGUGCCAGGGAAGGUACUGACCUACCUGCUACUGCCUUUCACGCUACCCUUCGAGUAUGUCUACUUUCGGGGCAGGAGGCUGAUACAGUGGCUUCCUGAGGCACCAGAUGACUUGUCUUGGAUGCAGGGCCUACUGAAGAGUACCACCCUUGAGGUCUAUUCCAUGGCCAAGUCAUGGCUUCUCAGGUUGGUCAGCCCACUUGUCACCAGUGCAGACUCUGAUCUCCUCCGGCAGCCGAGGACAGCUGCAUCUAACGGUUCCUUCAACCACAGACUUGCUGAUUGUGCACUGGGCUAG